UGUUCGCUGUAGGUCGCCGACGAUACGCCAGAGGAUGAGAAAGUUGGAGAGGUUGGGGCCGAUGGAGGCAAUGAGGUCAACGGGCGAGUUGACGACAAGGAAGCGGGCGACGGGGAUGUUGGUCGCGAGCCAGUCGAAGCUGUUGCCGUACACUUUGGACCCAAAUUUGGCCUGGAGCAUCGGAACGACGUGGUAAAAGAGCGGAAUGCCCGUGGACAACACGAACGAGAGCAGGCAAUCGACAAAGUCCACGAGCAUGCGGAGCAGCCCGGACGCGGGAAGGAAGAAUAGCCACGGGGUGAACCAGCAAUUGAUGGUCACGCACAGCGCGUAGCCGUAGGCGAUGUUGGUGUGCGCGAGCUUUUCGGCCAUUUGCUCGGCCAUGAACGUCUCGCACACGACUUCCAGGAAGUGCGUUGCACUCGCGUACAAGAUCACCAGGGACGACGCGACCGACGCCGCUCGUUUGGGUUUGGUCCUGCCAGCACAGUGGUGGCACAGUCGAACAUACGGCAGGACGUGGAGACCAGCCACCGCAAAGCUAACAAUCGACGACAGCAACGGGUUCCAUGCUUGGAGGAGAACAACUUCGUAUGGCGUCAUGGACGCCAUAAGGACCCCCCGUACAGCAAAGUACAUGAAACUUAGCGCAUGCUGCAGCAGACACAAGACGAAGAGGGGCCGGCCGAUCACAAGCGCCCACUUUACCUCCACAAAGAACGAGAUCGACUUGUCAAGGAGCGUCGACCGACGCAAUUGCGGGUCACGGACCGCCUCGCCCGUUUGCGCGGCCACUUUCAUCACGGCGCACGUUUCUGCGACUCGGUCGUGAAACGGC